AUGCCAGAAUCUGCUCCCAGUUCCCUUCAGGCGACCACAACAUCACGGAUAGCUGAUAUUCAAUUGAUCUCACACAACUCUCACUAUCACUGGUACUUCAAGUUCAAUGCUGCCCAAAUGUCAGAUCCUGCAGGCAAAACAAGAGCAACACUAGCUUCGCACCUUGCAAUCACUUCAAACAAACCAGAAUCUGCUCGCAGUUCCCCUCUACCUGUUCUCAUUGGCUCAGCUUGUGGUUCAGUUGCCGGUAUUGUCCUUAUUGGGACCUUCUUGGCUGUAAUUUGGUACAAAAAGAGGACCAGGAGUCCUCCAGUAGGGCUGAAUCCCGGUGUUGUUGGGAGCAACACAAACACAGCAGUUUCUGUAAUGGUCAGUGGCCAUAAUCAGAGAGGGCAGGGUGACUCUCAGGCUAACACUGAAUCCAACAUAACCCCCAAAGCUACUGUAAUGACCAGUGAUAAUGAUCACCAGUAUGAAGAUAUUGACAAACUUCAUGUCAAGACAGAACAGGGUCAGUCUCAGGCUAACACUGAAUCCAACACAAAGACCACAGAUACUAAGCUGAUCAGUGGAAAUGAUCAGACAGGGCAGGGUCAGUCUCAAGCUAAUAUUCAAUCUCUGAAAGUGGGAAAUUUAUCACAUGACGAAGUGCUAGCUGCUUUACAGCCUAUGUAUUUAGAUGUUAAAUCACCACCAAAGGACGACGCAUCUACAGAGAUAGCCAAUAGUAAUGAUCCGACAGGACAGGGCCAGUCCCAGGCCGUGACUGAAUCAUUGGAUGUUAGAAAUCUUUCUUAUGGCACAGGGCAGACUGCCUCACAGCAGAAUUCUGUAUACAAAAUUGUGACCCAGUCUCAGACCAUCACAAACACAAUAGCUACUGUAAUGGCCAGUGCUACUGUAAUGACCAGCGGUCAGGAGCAGACAGAGCAAGGUCAGUCUCAGUCUCAAGGUCAGUGA